GAGCUAUUCCGAGUGUAUUAAGGGAGGAUGACAGGGUGCAGGUGAAGGGAACGAUGUGUGAAUAGUUAUAUGAUUUUGACAGCUGUUUGACUCGACAAAUUGUUCAGGAUAAUGCUAUAGAUAGGGAGUACUCUCAUCUGCAACCAUGUACUUGAAGGAAUACCGUGUGUGCAUGCCUUUAAGCGUGAAGGAGUACCAAAUCGGUCAGCUGUACAUGAUAGCCAAGCACAGCCAUGAACAAAGUGAGAAUGGUGAAGGAGUAGAGGUUGUCACCAACGAACCAUGCGAAGACGAAAAACAUGGAAAAGGACAAUUUACUGAAAAAAGAAUCCAUUUAUCAAGUCGAUUACCAACCUGGAUCCGAUCCCUAAUUCCAAGGAUAUUCUACAUUACAGAGAAGGCUUGGAACUAUUAUCCAUACACUAUAACAGAAUAUACUUGCUCAUUUAUUCCACACUUUUCAAUCUACAUUGAGACAAAGUACAAAGAUGAUAACGGUUGUACAGAAAAUGUGCUUGGUCUCAGUGACGAGGACAUGGAAGUACGUGAGAUCGAACAUAUAGACAUUGCCUAUGACAACAUGGCUGACAAGCAUUACAAAGAAGCAGAGGAUCCAACACUAUUUCUAUCAAAAAAGACAGGAAGAGGAAAGCUGAAGAAGGAAUGGAAGGUAUCUGAGGAACCAAUGAUGUGCUCCUACAAGGCUGUCAAGGUUAAGUUUGAGGUUUGGGGCCUACAAACAAAAGUGGAAUCUUUUACACACAGGUCUGUACGGGACAUUCUGUUACUAGGCCACAGACAAGCCUUUUGUUGGAUUGAUGAAUGGAUAGAUAUGACUGUUGAGGACAUUCGAGAGUAUGAAAAGUCAAUCAACAGAGAGACAAACAAAAAAGUACUAGAAAACAGCUGAGGCGAGAGACUCUACACCUACAUUGGACAAGGCAGUUCAGGCCAGUCUUUUACUUCAAGGUCAUGGGAUGUUAAUCCUGGACCAUGUUGUGGCUGUCAAAAUCAAGAUUUAGGAUUCCGACUGUCAUUACACGUCUUAAGGGAAAAUUUUCCUCUACAUACUUCAGUUUUGAGAUGAUUGCCAAGCACAACAACCAUGGCGCCGUACAGUUAUCAGAUUGGCAACCUUAUGUAAUAUUACAAUAUGUGAGGCCCUCAGUCCUGGACAGAUUUUGUUGUUUUAUGUUGUGAUAUAGUUGAUCCUAUACCCACCUAUAUAUUUGUUACCUGGUAGUUAAGAUAGAAAGAUUUGGAGAAGAAAAAUUCUCGGGAAGUGUGGCAGGUGAUACAGCUACUUACUCAGCAUUGUGACUUUGUAUACAAUAUACUAGUUCUGGAAUAAAGAUAAUGGUAGCUACAGGCAGCGUUAAGGGUAGAUAUUUUUGGUGUAAGCUGUAGUUUUACUGUACAUGUUAGUGGUGUGAGAAACAGUUACUUUACAUCAUUCUGUUUCUCUAACCACUAAUAUGUUACUCCAUCUGCUACUGUAACACCAACCACGAAUCUUACUCCCACUCACUUAAGUUACUCUAACCGCUAUAUGGUAAUGGCAAUGUUCUUUGAAAUGUUAGUUAUCCAUCUUGGAGUUUGAAAUAGUUGGCCUUGGGAGAUUUUUGUAGAGUGUAGAUCUUGGGGAUGUUAAUGGCAGAUCAUGGAGGUGUUCAUGGUAGAUCAUGGAGGUGUUAAUGGUAGAUCAUGGGGGUGUUAAUGGUAGAUCAUGGAGGUAUGAAUGGUAGAUCAUGGAGGUGUUAAUGGUAAAUCAUGGAGGUGUUAAUGGUAGAUCAUGGGGGUGUUAAUGGUAGAUCAUGGGGGUGUUAAUGGUAGAUCAUGGAGGUGUUAAUGGUAGAUCAUGGGGGUGUUAAUGGUAGAUCAUGGAGGUGUUAAUGGUAGAUCAUGGGGGUGUUAAUGGCAGAUCUUAGAGGUGUUAAUGGUAGAUCAUGGAGGUGUUAAUGGUAAAUCAUGGAGGUGUUAAUGGUAGAUCAUGGGGGUGUUAAUGGUAGAUCAUGGGGGUGUUAAUGGUAGAUCAUGGAGGUGUUAAUGGUAAAUCAUGGGGGUGUUAAUGGUAGAUCAUGGAGGUGUUAAUGGUAGAUCAUGGGGGUGUUAAUGGUAGAUCAUGGAGGCAUUAAUGGUAGAUCAUGGGGGUGUUAAUGGUAGAUCAUGGAGGUGUUAAUGGUAGAUCAUGGAGGUGUUAAUGGUAGAUCAUGGGGGUGUUAAUGGUAGAUCUUGGGGGUGUUAAUGGUAGAUCUUGGGGGUGUUAAUGGUAGAUCAUGGAGGUGUUAAUGGUAGAUCAUGGAGGUGUUGAUGGUAGAUCAUGGGGGUGUUAAUGGCAGAUCAUGGAGGCGUUAAUGGUAGAUCAUGGAGGUGUUCAUGGUAGAUCAUGGAGGUGUUAAUGGUAGAUCAUGGAGGUGUUAAUGGUAGAUCAUGGAGGCGUUAAUGGUAGAUCACGGAGGCGUUAAUGGUAGAUCAUGGAGGUGUUAAUGGUAGAUCAUGGGGGUGUUAAUGGUAAAUCAUGGAGGUGUUAAUGGUAGAUCAUGAGGGUGUCAAUGGUAGAUCAUGGAGGUGUUAAUGGCAGAUCUUGGGGGUGUUAAUGGCAGAUCAUGGGGGUGUUAAUGGUAGAUCAUGGGGGUGUUAAUGGUAAAUCAUGGAGGUGUUAAUGGUAGAUCAUGGGGGUGUUAAUGGUAGAUCAUGGGGGUGUUAAUGGUAGAUCAUGGGGGUGUUAAUGGCAGAUCUUAGAGGUGUUAAUGGCAGAUCAUGGAGGCGUUAAUGGUAAAUCAUGGAGGUGUUAAUGGUAGAUCAUGGGGGUGUUAAUGGUAGAUCAUGGAGGCGUUAAUGGCACAUCUUGGGGGUGUUAAUGGUAAAUCAUGGAGGCGUUAAUGGUAGAUCAUGGAGGCGUUAAUGGCACAUCUUGGGGGUGUUAAUGGUAAAUCAUGGAGGCGUUAAUGGUAGAUCAUGGAGGCGUUAAUGGCACAUCUUGGGGGUGUUAAUGGUAGAUCUUAGAGGUGUUAAUGGUAGAUCAUGGAGGCGUUAAUGGUAGAUCAUGGAGGCGUUAAUGGUAGAUCUUGGGGGUGUUAAUGGCAGAUCUUGGGGGUGUUAAUGGCAAUUCUUUAGGUGUUAAUAGUAGGUCUUGGUGGUGUUAAUUUUAGGACUUGGCUUUGUUGAUGGUAGGUCUUGGAGGUGUUAAUGGUAGAUCUUGGAGGUAUGAAUGGCAGAUCCUGAAGGUUUUAAUGGUAGAUCUUAGAGGUGUUAAUGGUAGAUCGUGGAGGUGUUAAUUUUAGGACUUGGCUUUGUUGAUGGUAGGUCUUGGAGGUGUUAAUGGUAGAUCUUGGAGGUAUGAAUGGCAGAUCCUGAAGGUUUUAAUGGUAGAUCUUAGAGGUGUUAAUGGUAGAUCGUGGAGGUAUUAAUGGCAAGUCUUGAGGUGUUAAUGGUAGAUCAUGGAGGUGUUAAUUUUAGGACUUGGCUUUGUUGAUGGUAGGUCUUGGAGGUGUUAAUGGUAGAUCUUGGAGGUAUGAAUGGCAGAUCCUGAAGGUUUUAAUGGUAGAUCUUAGAGGUGUUAAUGGUAGAUCGUGGAGGUAUUAAUGGCAAGUCUUGAGGUGUUAAUGGUAGAUCAUGGAGGUGUUAAUUUUAGGACUUGGCUUUGUUGAUGGUAGGUCUUGGAGGUGUUAAUGGUAGAUCUUGGAGGUAUGAAUGGCAGAUCCUGAAGGUUUUAAUGGUAGAUCUUAGAGGUGUUAAUGGUAGAUCGUGGAGGUAUUAAUGGCAAGUCUUGAGGUGUUAAUGGUAGAUCUUGGAGGUAUGAAUGGCAGAUCUUGGAGGUAUGAAUGGCAGAUCCUGAAGGUGUUAAUGGUAGAUCUUAGAGGUGCUUAUAAUAGAUAUUGGAGAUUUUAAUGGAAGGUCUUGGAGGUGCUUAUAACAGAUCUUAGAGAUGUUGUUGGUAGACCCAACAGUGUUGUUUGUAGUUUAACUGGACCAGGCAUGCACUUAUUACCUCUUGUUGUUACAUUACUAUAUAGCCAUGAUAAUUUAACACAAAAAGAAAAUCCUGUACAUACAUAUUAAAUAUAUUAUUCAAGUACAAAAUAAAAUUUUACAGAUUGUUAUCACUUUUUCACUUUUAUCAAAAUUUCAUUUGAUCCAUAUUCUUAUUUUAUGUGACACAAACAUUUGUUUAUUAAUUUGUUUCUAUUUGUGACAUUUUAAUUUUGUUAUAUACAAUGUAAUGCCUUUGCAUUUUGUUUCCAGUGCUCAAGGUGUUUUUUAAUGUAAUGAUGACUUAACUUAUCUCAGCACUACUUAAACAGGUGUGAAUGAACCAGCUUAAUGCAGUAUAUAUUAGUUAAAGGUGUAACUCAUGAUCUUAACACUGACUAUACAGCUGUUCAUGAUCGAUCUGCUACAUAUGUACACAGCAGCUUUUAUUGUUCAUUACACGGAAAAGACAAUAAGUAUGAGGUUUUUAAAUAUCAAGUUAUAUCAGAUAAAAUGAGGUUUUUUGUUUCCUAAUGACUGUACCAUCUAACAUUUAUUCAUGUUUUAUUUCUCUUAUCAUGGACCAUUUUGAAACCAACGGAAAGGCUGAAAGUUGUAAGUGAAAAAUUUAUAUCAGAUAAAAGGUCGGAGGUUUUUUGUGUCGCUUACGAUGAAUGUUGGAAAGGCGGCACGCAGGUGUUGCCUUUCUGAUGGUGGCUUCACAAUGUUAAGGUUUUCUGUAAAGCUCUGUUUCUGACAAAGCUAAACCAAUAAAAAACCUCAAUCAUAGAUGAAGCAUGGGUAGUAGAACCUACUACACUAUUAAAAUAUUUCAUGGAUUUCUGCAUUUUUGGGGUAAAAAUCUCAAAUUUCUGGACUUUGGAAAAAUAUCAAUGUUAAGGUUUUGUAUUUAGCUCUUGCAUAUUAGACUGUUUCUGACAAAAUAUAAAAGCUAGAGCAACCAAAUGUAUAGCUGAAUGCAUUACACCCUUUACUAGCAUUUCUACAACUUUUUUUUGUUGGUAAAAACCUCAAAUUUCUGGACUUGGGAGAAAAUCUCUUCAAAUGUAUCCAUGAGUAUCCAAAAUCUCUUCAAAUGUAUCCAUGAGUAUCCAUAUAAAAUACUUAUAUCGACAAAGCAGGACAGGCAACACAUAUGAUUAUAUGUAAUUCUAGAUUUUUAACUAUCAAGUUAUAUUAGAAAACAAGUCCAAUGUUUUUAACUAUCAAGUUAGUUGUACAGAUGUGUUUGAUUUGUACAGUUACUAGACCAUCUUUUAUGGAGAAGCCUUGAUAAUCCAGCCACAUUUAUUUCAAGCAAAUGUCAGAUUUGUGAGACAACUUAUUUACUGGUAUACAGAGAACGGACAAAGUUUGUCCCUUAUUAAAUCACUGUCUGGAUAGUAGUUCAAUUGGAUAAAUGAUGGCUGUAUUGACAAGGGGUGCAUAUAUCAUCAUCAUGUAUAAAAAUAUCUUGAUUCCUCAUUCCAUAUUCCUUUUAAAGUUAAAUUUGUAUUUCAUUUAUUUUUAUUUUAUGUAUUCAUUGCAAAAUAAUUUAUGUUUUGAUUGUGUAAAUAUUAAGUUGAUUAACUGACAAAAUUGAUGUAUGAAAGUGUGGUUGGUGUUUGGCAAUGACAUUGUGUUACCAUGAACUUUGACUUCAUGACUGUGUGGUUGAUGAUGUUGACUGUUUGACCGUGUGGUUCAUGAUUUUGGUUGACCUGGAUAUAUUUGUUUGUCCACUCGUCCUUGUAGAUGUCCCAGUCCUUGGAUAUAUUUGUUCGUCCACUCGUCCUUGUAGAUGUCCCAAUCCUUGGAUAUCUUUGUUCGUCCACUCGUCCUUGUAGAUGUCCCAAUCCUUGGAUAUAUUUGUUCGUCCACUCGUCCUUGUAGAUGUCACAAUCCUUGGAUAUAUUUGUUCGUCCACUCGUCCUUGUAGAUGUCCCAAUCCUUGGAUAUAUUUGUUCGUCCACUCGUCCUUGUAGAUGUCCCAAUCCUUGGAUAUGUUUGUUCGUCCACUCGUCCUUGUAGAUGUCCCAGUCCUUGGAUAUAUUUGUUCGUCCACUCGUCCUUGUAGAUGUCCCAAUCCUUGGAUAUGUUUGUUCGUCCACUCGUCCUUGUAGAUGUCCCAAUCCUUGGAUAUAUUUGUUCGUCCACUUGUCCUUGUAGAUGUCCCAAUCCUUGGAUAUAUUUGUUCGUCCACUCGUCCUUGUAGAUGUCCCAAUCCUUGGAUAUGUUUGUUCGUCCACUCGUCCUUGUAGAUGUCCCAAUCCUUGGAUAUCUUUGUUCGUCCACUCAUCCUUGUAGAUGUCCAAAUCCUUGGAUAUAUUUGUUCGUUCACUCGUCCUUGUAGAUGUCCCAAUCUUUGGAUAUAUUUGUUCGUCCACUCGUCCUUGUAGAUGUCCCAGUCCUUGGAUAUAUUUGUUCGUCCACUCAUCCUUGAGAUGUCCCAGUCUUUGGAUAUAUUUGCUGUAUCCACAAUUAAACUCCUAAUUAACAACAUAAUAUACCCUCACAAGGUAUUCAUUUUUUUUCAUAUAAAUGUAAGUAAAGGAACAUUGACCAAUCCAAAAUCUGUCUUUUUGUUAUGGUCACCAUUGAAAAUGGAACAAUUUGAUCUUUGAUAGUCAAGUUUCAUUCUUAGGAUGUUGUGUUCAAAAUUUCUACUUUCUUCUCUGAAGAUUUCAAUACGUCUCUUUGGUUUGAUUGAAUUUCAGUAUGGGUUGAUGACUUUGAAUCUUGUUUGAUUUUGUAGUUGUUACAAUUUAGAUUUUAUUGAGUUAAAAUGUUCCAUUUUUUGCUUACGUUGAGUUUGAUUUCUCUCUUUUUUUUUUUUUUUUUUGUUAAAUACAUAUUGCUUUUUCAGGAUGUUUGAGUGUCACAAUAAAUGCUCAAAUAAUUUAUGGUAAAAAGAACUACCUUCUCAUGCAAUUGCACUAUUUUUCCUUUGUGGUUGUUUGUUACCAGUUGUUAGCCUUUAUUGGUUAUGAUAUGGGUGAUCCUUUGUUUUCAAGUUUGGUAUGUUAACCUGUUAUGUUAAGAUAACUAUGUCUGCUUAUUUAGGUAUUAAGUUUUUCAUCUGGAUUUUCCUGGACAUUUUAUGUACUAUUUUAAAAUAUGAUAUCAAAAUUGUUCAUGUAUUGUUUUUUUUUUUUUUUUUCAAUAUUAAAUUUACAUGUAGUACACUUUUUCAUGUGGUGCUCAAUGCAUAAUUUUCAUGUCAUUUUAAGAAUUUCAUUCAAUUUAUACCUAGAACAAGGAAAUAGAACUUUUUGAAUGUGAACAAUAUGCAGCAAAUCGAUGUAGUCAUUUUAAAAUGUGAAUGUUGUUUUGUCAGGUAAUCUAAUAGGCAGUUGAACAACUGUUUGUCUCAUACUCUUGACAUUUUGAUGUUUUUGUCGUGGAUCUUACAUUUAAAUAGUAAUUGUAGAUUGUCAUGUCAGCUAUUUCUACAAAGAAUAUGAUAUGCUUAGAACAUUAGAGAUAUUGUAUACUCGGAGUCUAAUGUUUUAUCUGAACAAAAAUGUCCUCCAUACUUAUUGUUAAUGUUUUAUUGUCAAAGGUUUUUGAAAUCAGCAGUUUUAUGACUGUAAAUUAUUGCUCAUGAGCUAUUUACAAAUUAUGAUCAUCAAUGAUAGCACUGACAUAUUUAUCAGUAUAUAACCAGUUAGAUUAUUUGAUGAAUUCAUGACCCCGUGAACAGCUAGGGUUAUUUUGAAACUGAGUCUCCAUGUAGUAGCUGGUGGCUACCUCACUGAGAACAAGAUACUGUAGACCUGUUUGCUUGGUACUAUAUCACCCUAUGAACACCCAGGGUCAUUUCGAGGUGGAGACUCCUUGUAGUCGAUGGUGGCAACCUCUAUCAAUGAAUAACAUAUCAGAGAAUCACCACAUACUAUCCAAGGCUAAUUUGUGUCUUGCCCAAGGACAGUAAUGGUAAACUGCAUGUAGGUAAUGGUGGUAUUUCAUUGCUGUUUUAAUGACAUUGCUACCAGCAAAUUUGGUUUGAUAUGAACAUCACAAUAUGGUAAAACCUUGUUAGUAAACAAUAAAGGAAAUAAUGAAAACUUAUAAUUAUACACUCUUAUUAUACAAUGUACAUAACAAUGAGAUAUUUCAAAUUCAAAUUUUAACUCAAUAGCACAAGAAUGUUUUAGAAAUGUUGGAAAUUGAAUGUAUUCAGCAUCAAAUCUACAAGGUAUAUGUUUGUUUUAUUGUCUUUUGUUAGCCACUUAAUACUUAUACAGUCAAUUGAUUUAGGAUGAAAUAUACAUAUUUAUUCAAUACACAAUUUAUUUUCAUUAAAGAAACUAGCAGAUUUUUAAAAUCAUGUUUUUAAUGGACACUUUUCAGUCUCGUGUUAUGAAAGUAUUUGAAUUUCAAAUCUUGCCAUUAAAGCUCUAUGUACACAAUCUUUCAUAUUGUCCAAAUUUUACACCAGGUUUUACACAUUGUCAAUUACUCCAGAAAUGUAAGAUGGAUCUAUACUUGUUUACAGGAAUUGAUUUACUCCUUUUUUCACAUGAUUAUAUUACAAGAUAUCCUUUUUAAAUUCUAAACAUUUAUUUCCAUCCAAAAAAUACAUAGCGAGAUUAAAAUAUUUAUACAGGUCAGUUUAUUUUGAUAAUAUUACUGGACUUAAAAAAUUCUGUUUCUUUAUGAAUAAAUUUUGAUAUAUACAGUAUUGUAUUUCAUUUUGUUAAGAUGCUCAUUUUGUAAAUACAAAUGAUGAAUGAAGGUGGUCAAAGAAAACAAAUAAACAAUCAGAGAAGAAAUUAAAGAUAAUGUCCGAUAUUAUCACACUUGAUACAGAAAGUCUCUGUUAUUUUGUUUCUGCAAUUGUUGUGUUAUAUGCUUUAUAAAGAAUUGAAGUCAAUGGAAGGAUUUGUUUAAUGUUGUUAAUCCAACUAAUAGAAAUUGUUACAUUAAAUAAGACAAAAAUGA